CGACAGAGUGUCAGCCACGCUCGGGCGCCCCAUCGUGCGUGGCUGUUGUGAGGGUAUGCGCCGGCAUGCAGCGUUUCGUGCGCAUGACGUGUGUAUCUCUUGGGUUCUGUGCUGCGUGUAGGGCUUGAUUGCGUCGACAAGACAAGCAGCCGGCGGCUUGUCUGCCCUCUCAGAGGAGGCUGAUCAAGCAGCUGGACAGAUCGAUGGCGUCUGUUGGGAGGUGCGUGUGCGCGCGUCACAGACAAAUGCAAUUGAUACAAACGCACAUCAUAUCUGUAUCGUCUGCAGGCUGCCCAGUGUGCUGCUCAUUCUGUCCGUCGGCCUGUCACCGCUGCCGUCCUCGGCCGCCUUCGUCCGGCCCGUCCGACUGACACACACAGCGCCCAUCCCACUGACACACCCAGGGCCAUCCCACCGUGCACCGCAGCCCACCCCGACGUCACCUGGAGGAAUGCCGGUGACCGUGCUGAGUGCGGGAGGAGGAUUCAACUUGAACAAGCAUCUCAGCCAGCGGGAUAUCGGCUUUGCCAGCAUUGGGGCGUUCCUCCUCAUCCUCUGGUGGCAGAUCCUCGGUUCCUUGGCGGACCUCGCGCCGCCCAUAGUGGAGCAGUACAUGAGCGCCAUUGACAUGAGGUAGCGUACGACGAGGCCGCAUCAUACGUAGAUGAGAAGUAUGUGUGUCUCUGUGUCAUGAGGUCCGAAUGUGUGUGCGUGCGCAUGCAGCUGGAUGAGUGGUCCUGAGAUCGUGUCCAAGUUGGCGAGCGUCGAGGUCGAGAUUGACGCCGUUGACGCGCCUGAUCAGCUCGCCGUGAUCGCAGUGCUGGCGUCCAGUGUUAUGUACUCGUGGAACAAGAUCCCAGAGGCCGAAACCAUACCCAGAGACCGUAAGUAGCGAUGGCUGCAUGGGAUGGAUGGAUGGAUGGAUGCGCACGGCCAGACACACACGCACACGGACUCAUUUGUGUUUGUAUGUGAUAUCAAUCAAUCCAUCCAUCAGGUGACCUGCCGCCGGAUGAAGAGCUGCUCGAGAACAGCCGGAGAAGACCAGCCGCAGGAAAACAACAGAAACCGCUUAGGCUGCGGGAUCUGAGUGUGCGGGAUCUCGGAUGCAUAUGUCUGGGCACGGCCGCUGGCGGUUUUUUCGACUCCGGCAUCGACGCUCUCGUCUACAGCAUGGUCGGUGAUGCCGUCGUGGUGAGCGCGCGUGGGCUAGUGCUGCUGUUUUCCUUGUUCUGGGUGGUCUUCUGGUGGAAAUGGCUGACUGACUGAUGGAUGGAUCCGUGGGUCGGGUGCAGCAGAGCUUUUUAUACGUACAGGUCAGGGAGGGAUGUAGUCACUGAACAGGUCGGGAGUUUUUAUACACUACGCAUGGCGUAUUGCAUGGAAUACUUGACAGGCAAGAUGCCGCUUCUUGAGAUAGGGGGAGAGAUGACGCAAAGAGGGUCUGUACAGGCAUAUGUCUGCACAACCUGUAAACGCUAGGGUUUGUAAUGGCCGAUCGGUAGAAUGUGUAGAAGGGAGAAGCAGACAUCUAGCAAGCAGUCAAACUCAUGUCCCUCAAAAAACCGCAAAUGGCAAGGAAGCUGUGACUCAAAGUG